AUGAAAUACAAAAGGAAAAUAAUGAUAUCAUUGAUUUUACUGUAUCUAUGGGCCUUGCACACAAAGUAUUAUUUCAGCUCAAAGAAACUAUGGAUGAUGUAUCAGUGCUGGUCUCAUAAAAAUAAAACAGAAUUGCAUCUAUCUGAUUGGUUUAAUCCCAGACUGAACUUCACAGAUAAGAACUUGAGUGUUACUGAAUGGUCAGCUCCAGUUGUGUGGCAUGGUACUUACAAUGAGUCAGUCUUGAAAAAUUAUUAUGCAAAUCGUAAAAUUACUGUGGGAUUGACUGUAUUUGCUGUGGGAAGAUACCUUCAGUUCUAUUUGCACAGUUUUUUGUCAUCUGCUGAUAAGUUUUUCAUGGUCGACCAGAAAGUCAUCUUUUAUGUCAUGGUAGAUAACUUUUCCACUAUUCAUUGGAUGCCUCUGAGCCGCCUCCACACAUUCAAAGUCUUUAAAAUUAAACGAGAAGAGAGAUGGCAAGAUAUCAGUAUGAUGCGCAUGAAGAUCAUCAGUGAACAUAUUGUGGAUCACAUCCAGAAUGAAGUUGACUUCCUUUUCUGCAUGGAUGUGGAUCAAAUCUUCAGAGGAAAAUAUGGUUUGGAGACUCUGGGAGAGUCUGUAGCUCAGUUACAUACUUACUGGUAUAAGGCAAAUUCUACAGUGUUGCCUUAUGAGAGAAGUCAGUUAUCAGAAGCUUAUAUACCUAUGGGUGAGGGAGAUUUUUAUUACCAUGCUGCUGUUUUUGGUGGUACUCCCAUUCAGGUUCUCAAUAUUGCCAGGGAAUGCUCCAAAGGAAUCAUGAAUGACAAGAAAAAUAACAUUGAAGCAGUGUGGCAUGAUGAAAGCCACUUAAACAAAUAUUUCUUUCUCCAUAAACCCACUAAAAUCUUAUCACCAGAAUACUGCUGGGAUUUAUAUCAAAAAAGGACUUCUGAUAUUAAAAACAUUAAACUCUCUUGGGAUAUUAAGAAUUAUGAACUUCUUAGAGUGAAUGAUUAA